CAAUUUAAACCAUAAAAUUAUGCAAAACGCUCAUUGGAUUAAGUUGACAAUUGAAUGUAAUGGAGUCAAGAAGAACAGAAGCACCUGCUAUUGGCAUCGACCUCGGAACAACGUACUCAUGUGUAGCUGUCUGGAAGCAUGGUCGAGUUGAAAUCAUACCCAACGAACAAGGCAACAGAACUACACCUUCUACUGUUGCUUUUACUGAUGUAGAACGCCUCAUCGGUGAGGGUGCCAAGAACCAAGUGGCUAUGAACCCUGCCAACACCAUAUUUGAUGCUAAGAGGUUGAUUGGAAGAAGAUUCAGUGACCCAAAAGUUCAAGAUGACAUGAAGUUGUGGCCUUUUAAGGUCAAAAACGGGUCUGGCGACAAACCAAAGAUUGUUGUAUCCUACAAAGGUCAAAAGAAGAAAUUUUUAGCCGAAGAAGUCUCAUCAAUGAUUCUUGGAAAGAUGAAGGAGACUGCUGAGGCGUACCUUGGAAAAGUUGUGAAAGAUGCAGUGAUAACCGUCCCAGCUUAUUUUGACGAUUCACAACGUCAAGCAACAAAAGACGCCGGAACCAUUGCAGGAUUAAACGUCUUACAUAUUAUCAACGAGCCUACAGCAGCUGCAAUUGCUUAUGGUCUAGCCAAUAAGCCUAAUAUUUCUCAGAAGAUGAAUGUGCUCGUCUUUGAUUUGGGGGGUGGCACUUUAGAUGUUUCUAUCUUGGCCAUUACAAAAGAGGGCACCUUUGAUGUGAAAGUUGUUGGCGGUGACACGCAUUUGGGAGGUGAGGAUUUUGAUAACUGUAUGGUGGAUUACUGUGUUCGGGAAUUUAAGAGAAAAUGGAAAAAGGACUUGACAAAGAACCCAAAAGCAUUGGGGAGGUUGAGAGUUGCUUGUGAGAAUGCAAAAAGAAUUCUCUCAAGCACUACUCAAACAUCAAUUGAUUUGGAUUACUUGCAUGAGGGUACUGAUUUUUCUAUGAAAUUCACCCGAGCUAAAUUUGAAGAAAUGAACAUGGAUUCAUUUGAUAAAUGCAUUAAGAUUGUCGAGAAUUGUCUAAACGAUGCAAAGAUUGAGAAAUCAAGUGUAGCUGAAAUUGUUCUAGUCGGUGGCUCCACUAGGAUACCUAAGGUCCAACAAAUGUUGCGGGAACUUUUCGACGGGAAGGAGUUAUGCAAGAGCGUGAAUCCUGAUGAGGCUGUGGCAUAUGGUGCAGCCGUUUUGGCUGCAAAGCUAAGUGGCAUCAAAGAUAAUAACCUUCAAAGUUUGUUGUUGUUGGAUGUCACUCCUUUGUCACUUGGUGUGGAGACAACAGGAAACGAAAUGAAUGUUCUCAUCCCACGGAACACUACAAUACCUACAAAAGCAGAAAAGAUAUUUUAUACAAACGAAGACAACCAAUAUUGCGUAAAGAUCAAGGUGUAUCAAGGAGAAAGAGCCAGAUCUACAGAUAACCAUUUGUUAGGGGAAUUCAAAAUAUCUGGAAUACCAGCUGCUCCCAAAGGAGUUGCACAAAUUAAAGAAUCUUUAGAAAUAGAUGCCAACGGUAUCCUUACUGUCACCGCUGAGAUAUUGUCCACCGGUAAGAAGGAUAAACUUGUAAUUAGCAACAAAAAUGGGAGACUCUCCAAGGAAGAGAUUGACAAGAUGGUAAAAGACGGAGAAAAGUAUAGACUUCAGGAUCAAGAAUACAAGAAAAGAAUGGAUGCAUACAAUGCAUUAGAGGUUUUCUUAUAUCACAUGAAGAAUAGGAUCAAAGAGUACACUAUCAAGAAAUCUGUGCAACCUAAGAGGUUGAAGAAAAUGGAGAAUGCCAUUGCUGACACAACCAAAUGGCUGGAGAAAAACCAAGUCGCACCUGUUGAAGAGUUUGGGAGAAGAAAGGUAUUCCUUGAGUCUGUUUUUGCAAGCCCCUAAUCUAGUUCUUAAAUUAUGGUGGUUGAAUGAACAUCGAGAUUUCUAACGUGUUUCUUACUCACUACAUUGAUGGCAAUGUAGUUUGUAUUCGAUAUGCUCCUUUCUAAGAUAUGUUAUCCAACAGAAUCGUUCUUGUAAAUCAAUAAAUUGUGUAACAGUGUAUAAAAGUGAAUAGAAGUAAUUUCUUUAUCCAUUUCUCAAA